GUUGGCCUGUAAAUCCUGCAAAGUGAAUUUAAAGAGGCGAAACAGCGCACACCGGAGACUAGUUUGAUGCAAUGCUUUUAAAAACAUGAUCAUUGGCGUUAUUUGCAUUUUAAGGGCAAGUUAUUUUUAAGUACAGGGGUCAAGCUGUACACGCCUCUCCCCCCUCAGCUGUGCAUUGUCUUUAACCUUGCAGGGGAACUGACCCUGGAGAGCAGUGGGAGACAACUAAUGGAAGGGAGUGAAUGCAACUCUGGCAUGGACCCGCGGGUCACUGCAAAAGCGACUUUCAACCCCAGUGAACACCAGCAUAUCCGCUACAACCCUCUCCGUGACGAGUGGGUUCUGGUCUCUGCACACCGGAUGAAACGUCCUUGGAGCGGGCAGGUUGAGAAACCGGCAGAGGUGAACAUUGCACGUCACGAUCCAUCCAAUCCUCUAUGUCCUGGAGCAACAAGGUCAAAUGGAGAGGUGAACCCUGUGUAUGACAGCACGUAUGUUUUUGAUAAUGACUUCCCGAGUCUUCAACCAGAUGCUCCAGACCCAGGUAUUGGUGAACAUCCACUGUUUCAAGCAAAAGCUGCCAAAGGAAUUUGCAAAGUCAUGUGCUUCCAUCCUCACUCUGACAUCACCUUGCCAUUGAUGUCCAUUUCAGAAAUUACAACCGUGAUUGAUAAAUGGGUGGAACUCAUGAAAGAACUGGGACCAGUGUAUCAAUGGGUGCAGAUUUUUGAAAAUAAAGGUGCUAUGAUGGGAUGUUCAAACCCACAUCCACACUGCCAGGUGUGGGCUAGUAAUUAUCUUCCAAAUGAACCAAGAAUAGCUGAUCGGACACAACGAGACUAUUACAGCAGCCACGGAGUGCCGAUGCUAGUGGAAUAUGCAAAGUUAGAGUCUCAAAAAAAGGAACGAAUAGUGGUUGAAAACGAAGAGUGGUUGGUCAUCGUGCCACAUUGGGCAACUUGGCCUUUUCAAACUUUACUUCUUCCAAAAAGACACGUCCUUCGUUUACAAGACUUGUCUGAUGAAGAAAGGGAAAGCCUCGCUUCGAUUAUGAAAAGACUCCUGACAAAAUAUGACAAUCUAUUUGAAGUCUCUUUUCCCUACUCUAUGGGAUGGCAUGGAGCCCCCACGGGGCAGUCAUUGCUUGAUGACAACCGUCAUUGGCAGCUUCAUGCACACUACUACCCACCAUUGUUACGCUCUGCAACAAUUAGAAAAUUCAUGGUGGGCUACGAGUUGCUCGCUCAGGCCCAAAGAGAUCUGACACCCGAACAGGCUGCUGAACGACUGCGGAAUCUACCUGAAGUUCACUACAAGCAGAAGCAGACAGAAUAAUGAACAGACCUCAUGAAUGAAUGGAUUAAUUCUUAAAAACCAUGCAACCUCAUAUUUUGAUGUUUAAAUUGAUUAUGGCAAUACAAUUUUUGGGAACUUUUUAUGGAUAAGCAUCAAAAUAAAACAUUAAAUUUCAC